AUGAAGACUACCACUGCUCUCUUUGCGCUCGGGCUCAGCGUCAUGACCAAGGCCAGCCCCGUCCUCCGCCGCGCCAAUGCCAGCGAGGCCGCCUCGGUCGUUAUGCCACCGAAAACGGCGGUACCACCGGCGGAGGCCGCCGCCAUUUGCAUCGUCGACGGCACUAUCGAGGGAGCCGAGGCCGUCCAAGUCACCAGCGAUACCACCAUUCUCGGCAAGGACUCUAACGCUAUCCUCAAGGGCGUUGGCUUGAAGAUCAAUGGCAAGUCGGGUAAGCCCGUCACUAACGUUAUUGUCCGCAACCUGUCUAUCGACAAGGUUCUGGCCACCACCGGCGAUGCCAUUGGUAUGCAGUUCGUUGAGAAUGUCUGGGUCGACCACUGCGACCUCCAGGGCGACCGCACCCAAAGCGACAAGGACAAGUAUGAUGGUCUCUUCGAUGUGACCCACGGCUCUGACUACGUCACUAUCACCAACUCGUUCCUCCACAACCACUGGAAGGGCUCCUUGAUUGGCCACUCAGAUAACAAUGGCGAGAAGACACCGGACACCUAA